AUGGAGCAGACCCGAACCAAGCCAGGGCCGAGGACUCUUUUGACUCUGCCACUAGAGAUUCAGUCUAAAAUCUUCUCAUUCCUCACCCUAUCUUACGGCAAACCAAAUAUUCAAGCUGUCUUGAGGACAUGUAAACAACUCUACGAGGUAGCACUCCCACUCUCCGUGAGCGUCUUUCGAAACGCAGCACCCUACCCCAAAGACCAAGGAAUUUGUUCUCGGGCUCGAAAUCUACAAUUUCUACACUACAUUCUUGUUUCUAAACCUUGGCUUGCCAAACACGUCAACACUUUGAUCACUGGCCGCUUCGUCCGCGAUGGCUCGACCGACAAUGACGGCGACACCGAGGACCAAAGAAGGAUUUCUGAUAAAGAUCUUGUUGUCUACCAGAACCUCAUUGAGUUCUCCUUCAAUGAAUCCCCUGCUCUUGACCUACCGCUUCACGAGAGUCUAUCAUGGGGUGCCGGAUGGGUAAAAGACCUCAGCAGCAGACCCGAUGCACAAUUGGCUCUUAUCUUGCUCGCCUGCCCAAACAUCCGAACUCUUCUUAUGGAACACUCCGUCGAGGGAGUUUAUGUCAGUCUCCUUUUACACUUCCUUCGCCGUUGCUGGACCGGUCUGGCAGAUGGAAAAUUUCCUCACAAGAUUAUUCCUCUCUCAAACCUUCAAGAUUUCUUUCAGGAAGCGAAGUCAUCGGCGAACGCAAGAAAGUUUUCCAUUGAAGCAUCGGCGCUCUUUUCCUCUCCUCGCAUGAGAAUCUACGAGUGUAUUGGGAUGGAGGCAUCUGUGGAAGAAGCGAAGGAUUUCUCACGUGUUCCCCGUAGAUCUUCUCCGGUUGAGGAGAUCACUCUUUAUCAGAGCCUUUUUGAAGCAGAUACUCUCUUCAGCAUACUUGGCGCUUGCAGGGCACUCAAGAGAUUCGAGAUGACAUUUUACCGGUACACAGAGGCCCAGCUACUAGACACAGCAGCGCCUAGGGAUAUUCUUGAUGCUCUGCUUCCUCAUGCCAACACGCUUGAACACGUCCAUAUCGCCCUAGUGGAGGUUUGGCGGAACAAUUCAGUUUUGAAGAAUACCCCGGAGAGGCUUUAUAUGGGGGCCAGGCUUAAGGAAAUGCAUGCGUUGAAGACAUUGACAGCGGGAAUGCAGGCCCUCACAGGAAUACUUCCUUAUCGCCUUACAUGUGCCGACAUGCCACUCAAAUUUGAGGGAGCUCCUCGACUUGUUGAUUGUCUUCCAGAAAAUCUCGAGUCUCUCACGAUUCAUUCUUGUGGGCCACAGAUAUCAGACCAGUUGGAAGAGUUAGUCCAGGUAACAGCACAGGGUGAUCGCUUCAAAAAACUCAGCUAUAUUGCCCUGCUGUACCAUGCUUGGAAAGUCGACACUAAGGAGGUUCCUGGUCAAUUGAAUAAAUUGUGGGAGUCUGUGCAGGAUAAACUCGCCGAGAAAAAGAGGACUCUUCUCGUACAUGCCGGUCUACAGUCCGAGCAAGCGUUUUUCCACGACGCGUUGUCAACUUGGGCCAAUAACUCUGAUCGGCCGGGCGAUAUGAUGUCCCGGAUAUAUGCCCCAAAUUACCGAAGGCUCUUCCUACAGCGGCGAAUGAAUCCUGAGUAUGCAGAUUCUGGCUGUCAUCCUCUUGAUGAUGCUUAUGAUCCUGUUCUGCUUGAGUCUUGA